AAGUGCCAAGAUCAGAAAGAAAGAAAGAAAGAUACAAAACCAAGAAGAAUGUCUUUCCUUCAAAGCUCAACACGCACCCACCACCUCUGGCUAACACGAACCAUAUCACACUACCCUCCAUCAUCAUCACGAUCGAUCUUCGGACUAAGCUGGCCACUGAAGAAGAAGAACAACAAGCCGACGGGAGAUGGAACACGGACAAGCAAGCCAGCAGGACGACUACUGGACUCAGACGACCUAUUCCAUCCCUUGACGAGCUCACCGAUCGCGGCGAUGCGGGAGAAAGCCGGGCGGAUCAAAUCGAUUGCACGAUGUCCGGUCUAUCCCUCGAAGCUGGUAGCCUACGAUUGUCCGGAGUGUGGAUAUCCGACCCAUUCCUCUCGAGAAGCUUGGGAGAUGGAUGGGGAGAAGGCCAAGUAUUGGCCCCGACUCAGGGAGGCUAACGAGGACGAACACGACCUCAGAUCGCAACGUCCAAUGCUCGAAUUCGACCUCCCCGACUGUCAGCCUUAUGAAGAAACGAUCACGCUCGCUAAUUGGGACUUGCUCCUCUAUACCCGUGGGUUCCGCUCAAUCGACGAGGAUCGCUCGAGACGUCAUGUCUCUAAACUGUUGACCUAUCCCAUGACUAUCGGCGCUAUCUUGCACGAAUUCAGCCCGUAUUCUACUCGCAAUCAACGCCUCACUCUCGAAGGUUAUCGAUCGCUAACCGCACUACGCCAGUCAUUACAUCCACCACUAGGAACGAAUACAGCCCAAGUACUAGGCCGCACGAUCAAUCCGAUCCGGAUCUUUAUCUUGGGUGCCCGGGCGGAGUCGUCCUUACCACCGGCGGUAUGGGCGCAACUCCCGUAUCUAUUCCCGUCGCCGGAUGUGUCGUUUCAGGUGUAUUUUAUUGGGCCCGAGGUGAUCCUGCCUCAACAACAGAUCGUCGGGCCUGAAGGAGCGACGGAGAGUCAGGAUGUCUAUAAGCGUGGCCGGCCCAAUACCAGCUUCGGGGUCCCCGCCUUCAGUGUGCCCGUCUCGCCUACUCUCACCUUGCAUAUGAUCCAGGGCGCGUAUCGCGAAGUGCAUGAUGCAUUGGGACCGUUCGACCCGUACACGGAUGUCUAUUUCGCCUUCUCGCCCGGCUUCGGAUUCCCAACGGUCCCGACCAACCCGUCUCAUCCAUCCUCCUCCUCCUCCUCCUCCUCAUCAUCAUCAUUAUCAUCAGAGCAAGGAUCAAAGCAAAAUGCAUUACUGGAUAGUCAAUCGAUCCAACUAGAGACUAAUUGGAACCAAGACGUCAAGCUGAUCCUCGACGAGAAAUGCGCACUCUUUGGCGCCGGCUUCAGUCCUGCCGACGUCCAACGCGACGUCGAUGCGCUCGAAUCGGUCGCCGAUAUUAAGGAGCAGUUCGAUUGGCUGUUGAAUCCGGGCGAAAACGUGUUUGCUAGUCUUAAAUGGGAGGUCGCUGAGUUCGAUCCCAGAGUGGCUGUUAAAUCAAAUUACGCCGUUUGGGGUAUCAGGGGUAAACGGUUUGAAUUGGAUGAGUAUUCUAGACGAGAGAAACUGCGACAAAUCGCCUAGUCUUUUCACUAUCCUAGACACAUACACUCUUUCUCUUUGUCUCUUUGUCUCUCUUAUGAAUGGUGUAUCCAGAUAGAUUAUUCAGAUCAUCAGUUUGUUGAUUACUUUUUUAAUCAUUCAUCUUUUCACUUCUAAUUCAUCCCCCCCCCCCCCUCAAAAUAAGAAGGAAUAUUAAUGUUUGAAGCUGACAGUCAACUGUUGGAAUUUGAAAGCGCUUUGAAAAGAUCAUAUUAUGGUUCAUAUAAUGUUUGAGGUGUAUGUGUAUAUUGCCGGUCAUGUUCCGUGCUGUUCCGCGUGUUUGUAUGGAGCAGCCCCCUUAAAAUUG